AUGAACUGCUCUGAAUUCGUUUUUUACCAUUCCGAUCUCGGCCCUGGUAACAUUAUUGUGGAGGAUGCCCCGGAAAAUGGGUCUAUUGGCAUCAUCGACUGGGAAGCUGCUGGGUUCUUUCCUAAGGGGUGGAUCCGAACGAAGUUUCGAAUAAGCAGUGGUUUGGAUCUUCCAAGUUCGGUGACAGAUGUGCAUUGGUGGCGAUGGGAAGUUCAGAAGUUACUUGAGGAACAUGGAUUCGAGGACUACUCGAAGCAAUGGCAGUCUUGGUGGUAUUGA